UGUAUUCUUCGGAAAGGCGCCUAAAAUACUGGAAUAGAAAUAAAAUUUGUCUGGUGGUGAAGAGGAAUCAUCAUCCAGAACCAAAAUGAUGCUAUCAUCCAUUAACUCCCAUUUCAACUUCCCUCCGAACACUCUCUAUUCAUCUUCCGCAGCUGAAUGCUGAUACCCACCCAAGUGUUCAUCUCUCAUUAAUACGCCUUCUCCCCAGUUCUCCACCCUUCACACACACACACACAUAUAUAUAUAUAUAUAUAUUGUUUUCUUUUCCCGAAGUUCUUGUCCUGGUGAAGUACAGUUCACUGGAAUUCGGGUCUUGAAAAUUUCAACUUUCUGGGUAACUACAUAAGUCAACGUUUGGAUGGUUUUUCACGCUUACCAGCCGAAACUCCCGGUUCUUGAUUGUUCAUCAUAAACAAUUGCUCUCUGCCAAUAAUUUCGAAGAUGGACAUCAUGAGUUCUGGGCUUUCCUCCCCUCAGUCAACUAUCAGUGACUGGAAGAUUAGACCUUUGGGCAACCAAAAAUCAAGAAACCCAUGGCAGAAAGUUUACUGUUUUGACCAAUGGAAACCACGAAAUUUCGGUGAUCACCAGAUCCACGGGUUGGAAUUUGGGGUUAAGAGGGCAAAGCGCAGGCAAAGAAACAGGUUCCCGUUGAAAUCAGUGGUCGAUGUUGGCAAAGUAUUGGAAACUGAAAGUAGCUCCACGGAAGGUGAUAGGAAUAGUAGCUUCUAUGAUGCGAUUGUUAUAGGCUCUGGGGUUGGAGGAUUGGUGGCGGCCACGCAGCUGGCAGUGAAAGGUGCCAAGGUUUUGGUUUUGGAGAAGUAUGUGAUUCCUGGAGGAAGCUCUGGGUUUUAUCAGAGGGAUGGCUUCACAUUUGAUGUUGGUUCAUCGGUCAUGUUUGGUUUCAGUGAUAAGGGAAAUUUGAAUUUGAUCACGCAAGCAUUGGCUGCAGUAGGAUGUAGGAUGCAAGUGAUACCUGACCCGACCACUGUUCAUUUUCAUUUACCUAAUGACUUCUCAAUUCAAGUGCAUAGAGAAUAUAACAAAUUCAUUUCGGAACUUGUCAGUAAGUUUCCCCAUGAAAGAGAAGGCAUUCUCAAAUUCUAUGGUGUCUGCUGGAAGAUUUUCAAUGCAUUGAACUCACUGGAAUUGAAAUCUCUGGAGGAGCCAAUCUAUCUGUUUGGACAGUUUUUUAAGAAGCCUCUUGAAUGCUUGACUCUGGCCUACUAUCUGCCCCAGAAUGCUGGCAACAUAGCUCGAAACUAUAUUAAGGAUCCUGAAUUGUUGUCCUUCAUCGAUGCUGAGUGUUUCAUAGUGAGCACGGUUAACGCCAUGCAGACACCUAUUAUCAAUGCAAGCAUGGUUAUGUGUGAUAGACAUUUUGGCGGAAUCAACUAUCCUGUUGGUGGAAUUGGAGAAAUUGCAAAGUCACUGGCAAAGGGUUUGGUUGAUCAAGGGAGCGAGAUACUUUACAAGGCAAAUGCAACCAGUAUUAUCAUUGAAGAUGGAAAAGCUGUUGGGGUGAAGCUAUCAGAUGGAAGACAAUUCUAUGCUAAAACCAUAAUUUCAAAUGCAACUAGAUGGGAUACCUUUGGUAAGCUCUUGAAAAAGGAAGAUCUGCCUGAGGAAGAAAAAAGAUUCCAGAAGGCAUAUGUUAAAGCACCAUCUUUCCUUUCUAUCCACUUGGGGGUUAAAGCUGAUGUUUUGCCUCCAGAUACUGAUUGCCACCAUUUUGUCCUCGAGGAUGAUUGGGAAAAUCUGGAAAAACCUUAUGGAAGUAUAUUCUUGAGCAUUCCAACAGUUCUUGAUAAGUCAUUAGCUCCAGAAGGAAACCACAUUCUUCACAUUUUCACAACUUCACCGAUCGAGAAUUGGGAGGGCCUCUCACGCAAAGAUUAUGAGGCAAAAAAGGAACUUGUGGCCGAAAAGUUAAUCAGCAGGCUCGACAAGAAGUUAUUCCCUGGACUUAAAUCAUCUAUUGUUUUUAAGGAGGUGGGGACACCAAAGACACACAGGCGAUACCUGGCUCGUGAUAGUGGUACAUAUGGUCCAAUGCCUCGCAGAACUCCAAAGGGCUUAUUAGCAAUGCCUUUCAAUACAACUGCUAUAAGUGGUCUGUAUUGUGUGGGAGAUAGUUGCUUUCCAGGGCAAGGUGUCAUAGCUGUAGCCUUUUCAGGAGUUAUGUGUGCACAUCGAGUGGCAGCUGAUAUAGGAUUGGAAAAGAAAAACCCAGUGCUUGAUACUGCUCUCCUUGGGGUACUUGGUUGGUUAAGGACACUAGCAUGAGAGAGUCCACACGAGAAUUUGGUGCAGAAUUCCAACUCAGUGGGAAAACCAUUAUGCGCAUUGAUAGUUGUGAAGGGAGCACUCCGAUGCCAUCAAAUGCUGUUAGCUCUUUUUUCCUUAUGUUGAUACAAUGGUCAAGAAACCAGAUUGACGUAUCUGAAAACGUGAGCUUACUUGGCAAUAAACUAUUGGUUGUAUUUUUCUUCCUUACAGAUGCUUUCAGCAAUGUACUACAGUUCAUAUCCAAAGUAACUAACUGUAUUACGUCAAUCGUUGCGGUUGACAUACGUUUUCACCAA